AUGGCUGUUUACUUGAGUGUCCUAGUUGUGUGUUCUCAGUUAUGUUUCGUUUCUGCUUUUAUGCCCAAUCAUGUGUUUUCGUUUCCACCUCCUGAUGGUUCUAGCACUAAAACGCUUGAUGUGGAUCUCGAUUUGGAAGUAGACGAUUUUUAUCCGGUAGAAGCAGAAGGUUUGGUAGAUAAUGGAUAUAAUCACAAAGAUGUCAUCAGGUAUGCGUGUCUGCAAGAAGUGGCACGGUUCUAUGAAGAGACACUAGAGAUGGACGAAGGACGUCUGCAACGUCUAGAGCCAUUGACUGCCGAAACGCUAUUGACCACGGUAGCUGAGAGAAAGGCUUCAAGUCUCAAUUUUGAGAGUGCACUACGUGAGAUUGAAGUGGAAGCAGCGUUGAUGGAUGUGUAUUAUGAAGUCGAUGAUGAAGAUCAAGCUACUGCUAUUGCUCGUCAACAUUUUGAUAACGAGAAAAUUAAAGAAGGUCACGAGUAUUUACUAGAAAUGGCUCAGACUGUCUUCACUCUUCUCCGCGAUGAUCAGUCGUACUCGGCUGCUCGAACAUUUGUUGGUCGCUUUUUGCUUACAUUACAAGAUUUCUAUGCUCACUCGAACUGGAUAGAGCUCGAAAACAGAGACAUACUGACAGAUCUAGGGCUGUCCCAAUCACCGAAGUUCCUCAGUAAUAUUGCUGAUCCGUGGACUUCUACUUGUACAGAAUGUUGUGAUCCUAAUGAUUCACGCUGCAGUGAAUCUACAUCUCCAGGAGGCUGCACUACAUGUUAUGAUAACGUUAGGAAAUCGAAGUUAACGAGCGGAUACUUCAUUUAUGAUAACUCACAGACGAAACCAACUGGGAAAUGCAGUCAUGGAAGCAAAACAGACAGAUCUCGACAUACUUCGCCAACAGGUGGCAUCAACAAAAGCACAAAGAUUUGUGAAAAGUCUCCUCACCAUUACCUUCAUGAUGAAGCAGCACGUUUAGCAAAAUUAGCAAGCAGACACUUUUUGUCUCAUAUACGAAGCACAGCUGGCGAUGAGGUCUUCCGUAAGUUAUUUAACUUGGCAGAAAAAAACAACUUAGAGAGCAGCAUGUCUCUCUGCUUCGUAAUGGACCAGACAAGCAGCAUGCAGAACGAUAUUGAUGCUGCUAAAACCAGAACGAGACAAAUCAUUACGUCUAGCACCAAACCAUACAAUUAUGUUCUUGUUCAGUUUGGUGAUGAUGACAACGAUCCGGCCUAUGGUCCUGCCAUAGUUACAAACGAUGCGGCUGAGUUUCUGGUCGAACUCGACAAACUGAAAGCAGAAGGUGGAGGAGACUGUCCGGAACUGACACUCCACGCACUGCAGCUGGCUUUGACAAAAUGCCUCCCCGGGUCGAGCAUUUUUGUGUUCACCGAUGCAGGAGCCAAAGACCUGGAACUUGAAAAGACCGUGUAUAGCUUGAUUGAAAACAAAGGGAGUCAAGUGUAUUUCUUCUACACCGGACGCACUCGCUUUCCCUGCAGUUUUAAUCCUUUCUUGUUCGGAGACAUGGCCAAGAAGUCAGGUGGUCAGCUGCUUCACAUUAAACGGACGACUGUCGUCAAAUCUAGUGUGCUGACGCAGACAGUUGCAGAAGGAGUCACGGCCCUGCUGCUGUCUGUUGUGAAACGAUCACAAUCUGCCAGCUAUGAGUUUACCAUUGACCGUACGGUCACCAAGUUUACUGUAUCAGUGACGGGGUACAGCAGUCUUAGUCAACUGAUGAGACCAGACGGCAGUCAGUACUGGCAGGACCGGCUGUCUCGUAGUGGACAUUCACUUGUUACUGUUCCUGAGAAGGACAUUCUUGUAGGAAACUGGACAGUGAGAGUACUGAGGAGUCCAACUGAACAUACAGUCACUGUUCAGGCGGCCACUUCUAUUGAUUUUUUGUAUCAAUUUGUCGAAUUGGCUGGGAGACCUGGACAUCUUGGUGUCUUUCCUAUCAUUGGCCAACCGGUUGAAGGAGGUCUAUCAAAAGUUGUUCUGACUGUGGCUGGAAUGGCCGGUCUCAGGGAAGUAACCGAACUGAACGUUAUGUCAGAAUCCGGAGACAUUAUAGACACUCUCGACUCUUCUUGGCUGGAGGUGGGUCGGCGUGGCUCAUCCAAUAUGUUUGGAGUGGCUUUUAGAACUCCUAACGUAUCAUUUCGACUGGCAAUGACUGCUGUUGAUGAGACUGGAACGGUAGUUCGUCGGUUGGCAAAUACCAUCGUGACUGCACAGCCAUUCAAAACACACCUUGAUAGUCAAUCCAACCAAGUGGUCAAACCAGGUAAUCGGUCUGAUGUCACUUUCAAGGUCUAUCCAUCUGCAGACGAAAGUGACGUGGAGAUAAGUAUGAAUAUUGAGGAGACUAGUCUCCUUGAAGAUCCAAUGAUCGAUGUCAUAAUACAAGAGGCUGAUGGAAGUCUUGUUCCUCUUCGCAAGAAACGUCAAACUGCUGACUUGUCAACGUCAAAAAUACGAGAAUUGAAAACCGUUGUCACUUUGAAGAAAGGACAGGUUGCUUUGGUCAAUGUUUCAUUUACUGUAUCAAAAACUGCAGAGACGGGUCACGUGAGCUCUGCAACAAUCAUCAUCGCUAGUGGCAAGUCAUUCAACUAUGUGCCAGUUGAACUAGUAACUGCUCCGCCGGUAGAUGACAAGACGCCACCUCGUUGUGAUAUCGUGGGUCAUACAGGCUGCAACUCUGAUUUAACACGUGAGACGUGUGAUGACCAUACUUGGCAUGUCGACGCUCGCGUGGUUGACUCAGAAUUGGGAUUGCUCAACAUCAGAAGUGAACAUCUUGCUGUCAAUGUUAGCCACUCGAAGUUUGACAAGAACAACACGUUGCCAGUCGAUGUAAAGGCUGUUGCUUCGUGUUGUCAUCGUCAAGUGUCACUUCACACAUCAGACAUUGUCGGCAAUGUUCAGACCUGUUCUGUUUCCUUGCCUUCACUCAAAUCUAUAAGAAAGACUGAAGUAACAUCACCACCAACUGUUAAACUGGCAACUCCACGACAAAAACCACCGAUUUCCAGCAAAGAUUGUGAGCAUCAGUGGGAAAGGGAUGACUUUGUUGAAGCAAUAAUGAAGCAAUACGUACGUCAAGUUUCACGACUUUCUGCUGAUGCCAAAUUGACAACAGUGCAGUUCAAUUUCCAUGUAAAGAGGAUGCUUGUUAACAAUUCAUUUCUAGAUGCCGACAUAAACAGAAAUGGUCAACUGUCAUCGGAUGAGGUGCAACAGUUCGUAUUCAGCUUAUACAAAAGGAGCCUUGUUGAUCAAGUAGAAUGCUUGUUGGAAUUCAUUGAGAGAUGUCGUGCUGAGAGGGACCGUUUGGACAUACAUUUAUGGAGAGAAUGUGCAGAGAAAGGAAACAUAACGACUCCUAAUACACAACCAAGACCUACAACAGAUUCUGCUACACAACCAAGAUUUACAACUUCUGCAACUACACAACCAAGACCUACAACACCACAAGUAACACCAUCUAGCAAAGGCUGCCAGGAGCGUUCGGAAAGCGACCUAAUUGCACAGGGUAUGAAACAAUAUCUGCUUCAAGUUUUGGGGCUAUCUGCGGACACUAUAUUAACAGAACAACAGUUCAGUCCUGAUAUAAGGAGAAUUAUUGCCAAAAAUUGGUUUCGAGAUGCCGAUCUAGACGGAAAUAGUCAACUCUCGUUGAGUGAGUUGAAUCAGUUUGCAUUGAGCUUGUAUGAAAGGAAACUCACUGAUGGAGCAGAAUGCAUGUUGGCAUCCAUGGAGAGAUGUCGCGGUGAUAAGGGUUAUUUGGACAUUGAUGGAUGGGUAGCAUGUUCUGGAACAACACCCAGUAGCAUUGGUUAUGAUGGUCUACUUGAAAACACACCAUCUGAAAAAGGAAUGCUGACACCCAGUAGCAUUUAUUAUGAGCGAGAAUUAUUUAUUAAAAACACACCAUCUGAAAAAGCAGAAGUGCUGACACCCAGUACCUUUGAUCAUCUACAUGAUAUUACACCAUCAUGGAAUCCGGAUUGGUGGUGAUACUACUAGACAACCAACAUGCUAGCUACAUCUGUAAGGUGUAUGUUAGUGAUAUGUGUGUUUCAUGCUGCUGUCUAGCUGCUGCUAUUGUGUGCUCUCUGUCAGAAUUUGACGUGUCCAUACCCUGA